CCCACAUUUACUAUUAUAUCAUUCGGAGUUAGAUUUAGAGCUAUUGUGUACAUCUUGCGUUGUGCGUACGUAACGUACAUUAUCCAAACAUGUACUGUUUGCUUUGCGAACUGUUUGAUAUAAUUCGUACAAACUCUUUGUUCAAUGCGUGACGUGGCAUCAGUGGCAUGUGUCAGUGUGUCAGUGUGUCAGUGUGUCACUCGCGCGCUACAGAGUGCUGCAGCGCCGCCCCGCGACUAGUUUUGUACGUUGUUUACUCCGCGACGACAUUUUGAUAGAGAACAGCAUUUUGUUACGUUUACCACAAAUGGCAUCACAUCAGUAGGACAGCGCACGCAGCCGCCACCAUGGGGAUCGUGCACGCGAAGGCUCGCGUGGACCGCGUCAACGUGGAUGGACUGAACCGCACGAAGGAUGACGUGAUCAGGGGCACCGUCGACGACCUGUUCAACGCGAAGGACUUCGAGGACGUCAUCGUGCGCGCGCACAAGGUGCGGCAGGCGCUGGACAACCUGGGCUGCUUCCGCGACGUGUGCGUCUACAUCGACGUCUCGUCCGGACCUGAGGCCACACCGGAUGGUCUCGAGGUGACGUUCCAGGUGCGGGAGCUGUCGCGCGUGGCCGCGGCCGUCGCCACCGACGUCAGCGAGGACGAGGGCAGCGUCGUGCUCGGUGUGAAGCUACCGAACCUGCUGGGGCGCGGGGAGCGCGCGGCGGCGGGGUACAGUCUCGGACACCUGCGGUCCACCAACAUGCACCUCGGGUUCACGAAGCCGCUGCUGCUGCGGACGUACGAGCCCGUGGUGUCGGGGUCGCUGUACCAGCGCGCGGCGGAGCACGUCAGCUCGGGCUACCGGCUGCUGGACCGCGGCCUGCUGCUCGACCUGGCGUUCCAGACCUCGCCGACGACGAAGCACCACGUGCAGUGGGAGGGACUGAUGCGAGACAUGUUCGUCUCCAACAAAACCAGCUUCAAGGUCCGGGAGAGCAGCGGCGAGUACAUUGCCUACUAUUACAAAUGGUCGUCGCCUUCGUCUUCCACCAUCACUCACGUCCUGACGGAGUCUCUCGCUCCAGGUCCGCAACUGAAGUCGAUGGUCCGCCAUAUAAUCAGCGUGGACCAGCGCGACGAGGCAGUGUUCCCGACGCGGGGAGCCCGGCUACACAUCUGCAACGAGCUGGCCGGGCUCGGCGGCAGCGUGGCCAGCUUGAGGACCGAGCUGCAUCUCCAGCUCAACCACACGCUGUCGCAGCAACUCGGACUGGUGGUGCAGGCGUGCGGCGCGGUGGGGUUGCUGCACGACGUGUACGGCAGCUCGGUGGCGGACCACUUCUUCCUCGGCGGCGCGGCCUCGCUGCGCGGCUUCCAGCACCGCGGCGCCGGCCCGCACUGCGACGGACACGCGCUCGGCGGACGGAUGUACUGGGCGGGCGGCCUGCACGUGUUCGCGCCGCUGCCGGUGCCGGGCGCCGGUACUGGGCUGGGCGCCUUGUUCCGGUCGCAUCUGUUCCUCAACACCGGCUGCGUCGCCUCCCCAGAGCGUGGCUCGUCCGGCGCGUGGUGGCGCGAGCUGGGCGCGGCGCGGGGCGCGGGCGGCGCGGGGCUGUGCCUGCGCCUGGGCCGCGCCGCGCGCCUCGAGCUCAGCUACGUGCUGCCGCUGCGCUGGAUGCCCGGCGACAGGACCCACGCGGGCAUACAGCUCGGACUCGGAGCUAACUUCCUAUAGUUAGCUACCACGCGGUGACAGCUUGUCACGUCGAACGGAGAGACUGUCAUCGACUUUGACGCCAACGAUGCAAAGUUCAAUCCUGUCUAUAUCAAGUUGCAAUAUUGGCUCUACAGCGACGUUACUACCGUGUGUCGUUGGCAUAACAUAACAUAACCCUACAAUAUGUGACGCCUUCACCUUGACAAACCUAGCGCUACAUUAGCGCCCUCUAGUUUACGGUAACGUAUUUGUCGUGUUUACUAUUUGUACUGUAUAC